AAUCUAAGUGCUGUGUGUUUCUAAGUUACCCCUCUGCCUCGGCUGUUUGAUCUGAAAGCUUUGCUUUACUUCUGUAAUCCCGCCAACCGCCCAUCUCCAUCUCCAUCCAUCUAGCCCUCUCUCCAUCACUCCAUCCAGGGGAUUUGACUGCCAUUAAGAGAUGGCUUUUUGGUGUGUGUGUGUGUGUGUGUGUGUGCUUAUGAUGGGACAUGCAGACACACAGUGAAGGGGGGAGGAUGAGGUGUAGAAACACAACCUCAUACUCUUUGACUGGAGAACUGUCAGGCAGAGGCGUCCAGUAAUCUGGCUCAGUUAUGCUGUUGAAGGUGCACUGUGCAGACUGAUAUGGGACAGGCAGGAUGGACAAAUGCAUGAGUAUUUGGAUUGUGACUUUUACACACACACAUGGAUGCUACUGUCUGGAAAGAUCUACAGACCUCCGUUAAUCCUGGCAUGUCCCAGAUGAGAGACUACAGUAAUGACUGUCAUCACUUUCACUGUCUCUGUGCUGUUCGUGCUGCCUCAGGCGGUUCUGGCACGGUGGGCGUGUGUUCGGGCCUGUCCGGCGUCUUGCUCCUGCACUCAGGAGAGGAGCUGCAGCGUCCUGUGCGACCGGUCCGCCAUGGCUGAGCUGCCCAAAGAGUUUCCCUGCGAGGCCUCCGCCAUCAACCUGGACAAGAACAGACUCAAGUUCCUGCCAGAAAGGGCCUUCGGUACCCUGCCCUCCCUCAAGACUCUCUCCCUGGACCACAACAACAUCUCCUUCAUUACCCCUGGAGCCUUCAAGGGCCUCGCCAACCUGGUGGAGCUGAAAAUGGCGCACAAUGACUACAUCAGCUACCUUCAUACACGAACCUUCACCGGGCUGAAGAAGCUGGUGCGCCUGGACUUGUCAGACUGUAACCUCUUCAACAUCCCAGACCGCAUCUUCAUUGAGCAAAUAGUGCUGAAAGAGUUACUCUGCUUCCAAAACAACUUCCGCAGGAUCCCUGGAGCCAUCAGAGGCAUGGAGAAUCUGACUCACAUCUACCUGGAGAGGAACAAGAUAGAGGCGGUGGCUUACAACUCCCUGCUGGGCCUCGGCAGCCUCAAGUACCUGAACCUCCAAGAGAACCGCAUCAAUGUGAUCCAUGACCAGGCCUUUCAGGACCUUGUGCGACUGGAGAACUUCUACCUCAAUGACAAUCUGCUGUCUGACCUGCCCCGGCUUGCCUUCAAGGGCCUAGGCCGCCUCAAGAUGCUCAACCUUGGGGGGAACCAGUUGACCAACGUGUCCAAGACCUGGUUCAGUGACCUGGUGGAGCUGGAGGUGCUGUACCUGGACAGGAACCAGCUGCUAAACAUCGAGGAAGGAACUUUUGAGAACCUGACCAGCCUGAUCACGCUCCACCUGAACAGCAACAACCUCACCACCCUUCCCUUUCCUGUUUUCCAGCCCAUCUAUUUCCUGGGCCGCCUCUACCUCUUCAGAAACCCAUGGGAGUGCGACUGCUCCCUCGAGUGGCUGAAGGAGUGGAUGGAAAACUACAAGCUGGUACGGGACAUCCCCUGUGCUUCUCCGUCCUCCGUGACCGGGCUGGAUCUCAGCGAGGUGGUCUUUGCCAAGCUGAAUGGCACAUGUGUGGAUCCCGCAGAGCUGAACCUGACCACGGCCUCCUCAGAGAUCGUCUCCACCACGGAGAACCGUUUCAACAGUCUCAUUUCAAAGCUGCUCCAACAGGAGCUCAGAGAGGAGAUGGGGAACGGUACCGAGAGCCUCCGCAACGGAACUCUAUUGGAAUCCGAGGACGGGGAGCUCUCUGCAGGGGUCAAAGGGCAACGAGCCGAGGCGAGCCAAUCACUUCUCUGCUUCCUUGUAGUGUGGCUCAUCUUUGGUUUGAUUGGCCAGUCUGACAUUAAUGUCUGUCUUUCUUGCACAUGAGAACUGUGGAAAUGUUUGCUUCCUGACCCACAGGCACAACUAGGAGUAGCUUUUGUGAUUGCCGAUGAGAUAAAAGAUGAUUUUAUUUAUUUAAGAGCUGAGGAUUACUCAUGCUUGCAUGUGUAGUUUACUGGUGUGUGUCUGCCCGGCUAAACAUAGGAUUUGGGGAUUUCUUGAUUGAAGAUUGACAAUUACAUGGCAGCAGUUAUUUUCCUAUGAGCUAUUUAUAUAUAAUAAUCUAUCAUAUUUAUAGAUUAACUAUUAUAAAAGAGAAAUCAGAACUAGUCAUCUGAUACAUGUCUGUUUCUUGGUUAAUGAACAGCUAUGUCAAGCUGUAUGGUUGCAGGAUUCAUUUUCACAGUUAAUAGAAGCGGGUGUUUAUUUCAAACUGUGGAUUAAUGUGGAGAUGUGAUGAAAAUGUAUAUGUUAACUUCGACCUUUUGUUGCAUAAUACUCCAUUUUAAUUAAUAUUAUGUAAUAUUCAUAGCAUUACAUAGUCUGUUACAAGUGUUUUUUUUUGUAUUUUCAUUCACAUGUAUGUGUAAAGUUAAGGGAGAUAAGACCUCCUGUAGUUAUUUCUGAAACAGAUGUCCUUUCUGCUCAUUUUUAUUCAUUCAACUCUAAAUGUAGAUUCUGCAGCUUUUCCAUAAAUGCAUUAAUCUUCUUAUCGCAUACGGCUCAGUGUCGUCGCUGCUUGUGUAUGCUACAACGUAAUGGAGGGACUUUGUCAUUGCUUUUGCCUCCUAUGGAUGGACUUUUUUUCCCCUUUAUGGACAUGAUCUCUCUCUAUACAGGGGGUGUGGUGGGUGUGAUUGCCAUAUGUCAGGAUGUGGAUGGGGGAGGUAAUAGUGUGAAAGCAUUUCAGUUCUCUUUGGGAUAAGAAAAGCUUUCAGGACGAUAUGCUGCACACAAAUGAACUGUUAUUUAUUUGCAAUAUGUCUUGUGUACUGCAAACAUCAAAUACAGUACACACUGAUGUGCUUUGUGUAGCUGAAAAAGUCAAAUAAUAUUCCUGUUCUAACACCAACCACUGGUCUGACAGCCAGUUAUUAGACAUAAAAGUCUGUCACAUGAUUUAUUUUUCUAAAUAAAAAAAAAAUGCUGUUGAACUUUGACAUGCCUGCUCGGUGACUCCUUUAAGCCUCAGUUGAGGAGUCGACCAUUCAGCGAUGAACACCAGUUAAUCUGCACAUUGGCCUGAUGGCCCUUUAAUGUGGGAUUAGGCUGCAAAUAAGAAAACUGGGGAGGCUGGAUGCUGCAACUCAUCCCUCUCAUGCAGCUGUUUUAAUUGUGGACCACUGCAGAAAUGUAGUAUAUUCACAACAUCUUUAAUUUAUCUGGGCCAAAGUUGAAAUGACAGUGUUGAGCCACUGUAGUAAGCUCACUAUUUUACUCUCUCAUUAGUGUAAAUCUUACAGCUGCACUAGUAAAAUCUGGUAACACUUUAUUUUAUGUCCUGUAAUGUGCUAAUAAUUUCCUUGAAAGUUUCCAUGAAAAGUCCUGUAAUUUGAUACUAAUUAUAGGGAAAAUAGAGACAAUGUUAUGAGACAGCUACCUGAGUUUAGUUAGUUGUUUUGAGUUUAUAAGUUUUCAUUUUCAGAGGCAAUUACUGGAAAAUCCAAGUAAGUAUUCAUUUAUUAUUGGAAACGUUUUUUUUCUCCAUAUUUGUUUGACAAAUGU